AUGAAUCCGUCUCCGUCAAGUGUCAACAUAAAGGUUAAUAUGGGAAAUGUACUCAAUAAAAAGAAGAAAAUGAAAGAUACAACAUCAACCGAACAAACAUCAUUGACAUCUAAUUUCCGAUUAGGCCCUGUUUCAUCAAAAGUUUUUAAAGCCGGAGACAAAUUUCUUUCAAAGCAAAACUUUGAUUUCAAGAUACUUUAUAAAUUACGGUCGUUCGUCGAACAAGAUGAUCAACUCGGGGAUGUUAGUGAAGAAAAAAAAGUAUUAUCUUAUGGUGUUGAGGCUGGAAAACUUGGUCAAGCGGCUGUUGAUAAUGCCAAGUUCGGAUUGAACAGCAUGAAAUCCCUUUUCUUGACAAUUUUGGAAACGACCUCCGAGGAAUUUGACAAAACGAUAGGUAUAAUAGCCAGAGAGUUAAGAGAACACGACAGUUAUCAACAUUUAAUUCGCGUUUACGCAUGUAAAAAAGAAAAUCUUUAA